GGACAGCUAAGUACCUCACAGAGGAGUCUGGGUGCCUCAUUUCUGAAGUGAGACUAGGAAGGGAAGAUGAACAAUUCCCUGGAUUAUCUAGCCUACCCUGUAAUUGUCUCUAAUCACAGACAGAGCACAUCAUUCAGGAAGAAACUGGACUUUGGCCACUAUGUAUUUCAUAAGAAUAGAAUACAAAUAGUGAAGCCUACUGUUGAUACCAAACCUCCAGCGGCACACACACAUCACAUUUUAAAAUUGAGCAAACUACAGGGUGAGCAAAAGAGAAUUGACAAAAUCGAAUACGAAAACAAGCAGCUGUGUCAGAAAAUCGCCAACGCCCACCGUGGCCCCGCCCAGGUGGAUUGCUGGAAUGAAUAUUUUUCCAAGAGCUUAAACAGAGAAACAAGGAACCGGGAGCUAGUGAGAAUCACCGUGGAAAACCAGGGCAUUCUGAAGAGGCUUGGUGAUCGCAAACCCCACUAUGACCGCAGGUCGUCGGAGUUAGACUGGCAGAAUUCAAGGCGCUAUAUCAGAAAUACAACCAGAUAUCUUCUCUCCCGAGAUGAGCAGCCUUCAAUCCCGUGAACCCUCUUCCUGGCCUGUAAAGGUGGAACUCAACCACCUGCAGCUUCAGCAAGUGUCACAGUCCUGAGUAGCACAUAGGAAAGAUUCCCCAUGCCGCCCCUUGCCUCCAUCUUGGACUAGCUUGCUGGCUCUGAAGUUGGUGUUUCAAUUACAAAUUAUUUGGGUU